CCCUGGAGACAGGGAGGAUUCAGAACUGCAGGGACCCACGCCGGAGAGGUAUGUCCUUUCUAGAAUCUGGGUUGUUAUCUCUGGGACUAAGCGCUUUCUGGGCUGGAGCGAUAGAAGGAACCCUGAUAGCUGUAGGGGCUACCAUUCUGCUUCUUUUGAUUUUGUUUUGCUUCCAUAAGUAUCACUGCUGAGCUCGGAAGGACCCGGCGUAGAUAAGUCGGCGGGGCUCACGAACGAAGGCACUUUCGUUUUUCGCUCCUUGUCCCCUUAAGACGGAUGUAGAUAAACCGCUGGGGAGAAUUGUGCCACAUUUAAGUCAAAGGUAGAUAACUUGCAUUGUGGCUAAGCACUUGAUGAUAGAUUUCAUUGCGCCCGUUUUAUUGUCGCUGGAAAUCUUAGUCAUACAAGGAGUUCUGAUCACUGCUGCCUUUCUGAUCAUAUAUUGGAGAGAAGGAGAUGGGCUCUACCCAGUCUCUGGUGACGGCCUUGCAACAGGUCCUGAAGCAACGAGACAUCAAGAUAGCCCCCAGGACCUUGAAAAACUUUAUUAAGGAAGUGGAUAGGGUCGCCCCCUGGUAUGCCUGUUCUGGGUCGCUAACCCUGGCAUCAUGGAACAAACUGGGGAGGGACCUAGACCUUAGACAAGAACAGGAGGACCUUAGGCUGGGCACCAAGGCCAUAUGGAAGCUUAUAAAGAAUUGUCUACAGGAUAGAGAUUGUGAACUUAUGAUAAAAGAGGGACAGCGCUCCUUAGAGAACAUACAGGAAGGACUAUCAGAAACCGAACGGGGAGACAGGGUUGGCGCCAGGAAAAAGAUAAUUCCAUCAGCCCCUGAGGCUGGAUUUCCCCAAGAGGGAAAAGAGGUAAAGGAAGAUAAUAAGAGAGACCCCCCCCUACAACCCAGAGCUAGGGGAAGGACGGAAACUUUAUCCUUUUCAAAUGCUUCACGCUUUUGAGAAAUGUUUUGAAUCUGACUACGAGGGCUACACCUCGGAUUCAGAGGGGGACUCCUCCGAAGAGGUGCGGGCCCCCCAUAAUGAAAAGGGGCCCAAGGAAAUGAAAGGGACUGAGGAACCUGAGCCCCAGAAAAGGAAAAGACACCCAGCAGGGAACUCAUUACUACCCCCUGCCCUGACACGGGAAAUAACAAAGGCUUUCCCUGUCUUUGAAGUCGUCAAUGACCAACAAGAGGCCAACAGGGUAUAUGCCCCUGUGGAGUAUAACCAGAUUAAAGAAUUGGCAGAGGCAGUGAGAAAAUAUGGAACAACGGCCAACUUUACGUUGGCACAAUUAGACCGUCUGGCGAAAGAUGCCAUGACACCCUCAGACUGGCAGAUGAUUGCUAAAGCCACCCUCUCCAAUAUGGGGCAAUAUUUAGAAUGGAAGGCCCUAUGGCAUGAAGCCUCUCAGGAACAGGCAAGGCUUAAUGCUACAGCAAUUACGCCUGAACAAAGGGCUUGGACUUUUGAAAUGCUUACUGGGCAAGGAGCCCACGCCAAUGACCAGAACAAUUUCCCAUGGGGAGUCUAUGCCCAAGUUUCUAGACUGGCCAUAAAAGCUUGGAGGGUGCUAUCAAGAAAAGGAGGAAUAGAUAACCAGCUUACUAAAAUCCUGCAAAGGAACGAUGAGCCCUUUUCAGAAUUUGUGGCCAGACUGAGUGAGGCAGCAGCUAGAAUCUUUGGGGACACAGAACAGGUUAACCCCCUCAUAGAACAACUGAUUUUUGAACAAGCUAAUCAAGCAUGCCGUACAGCUAUUGCGCCCCGAAGGACCAAAGGCUUGACAGAUUGGAUUAGGAUAUGCCGGGAUGUAGGCGGCCCCCUCACCAAUGA